AUGGACAACAACAUGGAGAUUGAUGCGGCACGUUCGCCGGAACCACACCAUCUUUCUCCGACCACCGACCCUGGGUCUAUUCCCACUCUCGAUGGCUGGAUUGAGAGCUUGAUGACUUGCAAGCAACUCGCAGAGGAAGAUGUCCGGAGGCUGUGUGACCGGGCGCGAGAGGUGUUACAAGACGAAUCGAACGUCCAACCUGUGAAAUGCCCGGUAACUGUGUGUGGUGAUAUUCACGGUCAAUUCCACGACCUCAUGGAGCUCUUCCGCAUAGGAGGACCCAACCCCGAUACAAAUUACCUCUUCAUGGGUGAUUAUGUCGACCGUGGAUACUACUCCGUCGAAACCGUUACUCUCCUUGUUUGCCUGAAAAUCCGCUACCCCCAGCGUAUCACCAUCCUUCGCGGAAACCACGAGUCCCGUCAGAUCACACAGGUGUAUGGAUUCUACGACGAAUGCCUGCGGAAAUACGGCAACGCCAAUGUUUGGAAAUACUUCACCGACCUCUUCGACUACCUUCCCCUCACCGCCCUCAUCGAGAAUCAGAUCUUCUGUCUGCACGGCGGUCUGAGUCCCUCCAUUGAUACCCUGGAUAACAUCCGAUCGCUCGACCGUAUUCAGGAAGUUCCCCAUGAAGGACCCAUGUGUGAUUUGCUCUGGAGUGACCCCGACGACCGUUGCGGAUGGGGUAUCUCCCCCCGUGGUGCUGGAUACACCUUCGGGCAGGAUAUCUCAGAGGCGUUUAAUCAUAAUAACGGGUUGACUCUCGUUGCAAGAGCCCAUCAGCUGGUUAUGGAGGGAUAUAAUUGGUCACAAGACCGAAACGUCGUUACGAUUUUUUCAGCUCCUAAUUACUGUUACCGCUGCGGUAACCAAGCCGCUAUCAUGGAAAUUGAUGAGCAUCUGAAGUAUACGUUCUUACAAUUUGAUCCCUGCCCCCGUGCAGGAGAGCCAAUGGUCUCUAGACGUACCCCGGAUUAUUUCCUGUGA